UCCUCCUCUCUCUCUCUCCCUCUCUCUUUUUUCCUCCUAUUUAUGAAAACGUCACUUCAAGUCCCUCCCUGUUUGAAUCUCAUUAGUUUCUUGUGUGUUUCUCCCUGUCAAUAAUCCUGAAUCCAGACUCUCUCUAUUUCCAUCCCUCUCUAUCUGUCAAUCAGCGCCGCCUUUGAACUGAAAACCACUCCGACCAACUUCAACUCACUCAAUCCGAGCGGCUCGGCUCCUUCUCCGGCUUCCUUUUUCUGCCAAGAUUCCCUUCUUUUUUAGUUUUGUACCAACCGCCAGAGCUUUUGGAAAACGCCAGUGCAGACACCCCAAAAAACUUAAACUCGGACUUUCUAGAUCACCGAGAUCAAGGGUUUUUAAAAAACUUUGUGUUAUUUUUUUGCCCCCCUACGAAAAAAAAAAAAGAAAAUAUUCUUUUUUUUUUUUUUUUUUUUUUUUUUUUUUUUGCUCGGGAAAAAUGCCGCAGCUCAACGGCGGUGGAGGGGACGAUCUGGGUGCAAACGAUGAAAUGAUUUCCUUCAAAGACGAAGGGGAGCAGGAAGAGAAAAUUUCGGAGAACUCCUCGGCAGAAAGGGAUUUAGCAGAUGUCAAAUCUUCACUUGUAAACGAGUCGGAAACGAAUCAAAACAGCUCGUCGGAUUCAGAGGCGGAAAGACGGCCUCCGCCUAGGUCUGAAACUUUCAGAGACAAAACAAGAGAAAGUUUAGAGGAGGCUGCGAAAAGGCAAGAUGGAGGGCUGUUCAAGAGCCCACCGUACCCGGGCUAUCCAUUUAUAAUGAUCCCCGAUCUCACAAGCCCCUACCUUCCCAAUGGAUCACUUUCUCCGACAGCACGCACAUACCUACAGAUGAAAUGGCCCCUGCUAGAUGUUCAACCAGGAGGUCUUCAGAGUAGACAAGCACUUAAAGAUGCCAGGUCCCCGUCACCGGCACACAUCGUUGGGCCCUUCUGCUGGGAAUUCCCCGGACAGUCAGAUCUGAGCCUUCACCAAUUUCAUUUGUCUAAUAAGGUUCCAGUGGUACAGCACCCCCACCAUGUGCACCCUCUCACGCCUCUGAUCACCUACAGCAAUGAGCACUUCACACCGGGGAACCCCCCUCCUCACCUACAGACAGACGUGGAUCCCAAAACAGGAAUUCCAAGGCCUCCACAUCCACCAGAUAUAUCUCCUUAUUACCCGCUGUCACCUGGCACUGUCGGCCAGAUCCCCCAUCCGCUGGGAUGGUUAGUACCACAGCAAGGUCAACCUGUUUAUCCAAUCACAACAGGGGGUUUCAGACACCCCUACCCAACUGCGCUCACUGUCAACGCAUCCAUGUCAAGUCUUCUGUCCUCUAGGUUCCCCCCACACAUGGUGCCCCCUCACCACAGUUUGCACACCACGGGCAUCCCUCACCCAGCCAUCGUCACACCCAACGUCAAGCAGGAAUCCUCCCACAGCGACAUCAGCUCUCUCAACAGCUCGAAACAGUCGGACGCUAAAAAGGAGGAGGAGAAGAAGAAGCAGGUCCACAUAAAGAAGCCGCUGAACGCCUUCAUGCUCUACAUGAAGGAGAUGAGGGCCAAGGUGGUGGCUGAGUGCACGCUGAAGGAGAGCGCCGCCAUCAACCAGAUCCUGGGGCGGAGGUGGCACGCCCUAUCGCGGGAGGAGCAGGCCAAGUACUACGAGCUGGCCAGGAAAGAACGACAGCUCCACAUGCAGCUGUACCCGGGCUGGUCAGCACGAGACAACUAUGCGGCUAACCAACAGGGGAAAAGGAAGAAGAGAAAAAGGGAAAAGCAGCAAGCAGAGAGCAAUGAACACAGAGAAUAUUUUCCAAACCCUUGCCUUUCACUCCCUCCGAUUACAGAUGCAAAUACCCCAAAGAAGUGUCGUGCCUUGUUCGGGCUUGACCAGCUGAGUUUAUGGUGCAAACCGUGCAGGAGAAAAAAAAAGUGCAUUCGCUACAUCCAAGGUGAAGGCAGCUGUGCCAGUCCUCCCUCUACGGACGGAAGCUUACUAGACUCCCCCCCAUCCUCCCCCUCCUCAGUGGUUCCCUCCCCCUCCUCAAAAGAGUCCAAACCUCAGACUGAACAAAUGCAACCUCUCUCACUGACUAUGAAACCGGCCCACCAGCCACUCCACCACCCGCACCUCCUGGCUGGGCCUCCACCGCCAUCUUUGGUUCAGCUGGAAAACUCUGCUGCAGCUAGCAAAACGCCCGGCGCCUCCUCCCACAACGGAGCUCUGGAGCACGGCGACGUCUCGUCCUCGCGGCAGCCGGGCUCCUCUGUGGCGUCCUCAAUGGCCCGGCCCUCGGCAUCGCUGUGUCAUUCCCACUCGCUCCUCCCCUCCGCAGCCCCUCAGCCUCUGUCGCUAGUGACCAAGUCUAUAGAAUAGUCUACCCUAUUCUUCUCCUCCUCUUUUUUUUUUCGUUUUUGUUUUUUUUCGUUUUUCAGCUCCGCACAAAAAACAAACACCUUUCAAGUCUCUCUUUCUCUGUCUAUAUAUUUCACUUGCCGUCUCGGUUCCUUUUUCUCUUUUUACGUUUCCGUGCCAUACGGCUUUGAAAUUUUUAGUUUUUGUUUUAUUAAAGUUCAUUGGUCAAUAUUUGACCCGUCAUUAUCGAAAAAAAAAAUUUAAAAAAUCAAAUUAUUAUAAAGAAAUGAUACAAUGAGCUGUAGUAUAGCUUUGUGAAUCUGCCAAAAUUUUUAUGAAUUUUGUUUCUUUUUUUUGUUUGUUUUUUUUUGUCUUUUUUGUAGUGUUAAAAACAGCGCAAACGGGGGAAAAAAAUGAUCUAGUUCAACUUGGAAUAUGUUUAAAAGAUGGAUAUAAAAAGGUAGGCUAGAUUAUUCACUGAGCCCUUUUCUCGACAGAGUUGGUUCUCCUUCUUUAUUUGUAUUAAAUACGAGCUCGCGAACCAAUCAUUCGACAUCUGUUCAGACUCUCGGAGGGCACGGGGGCUAGCGGCGACACCUCUCUGAGGAACAACUUUAAUUGUGAUGUUACUUGUUCUUGUUUAAAUGUACAGAAUAACGGGGAGGGGAAAUGGGGGGAAGGGGGUGGGGGAUUACUGUGUUAAAUAUGCAUUCUUCCACUGCGUUGUCUUUUUUUCUUUGUUGUUUACCUUUGGGGGGGGGCGGAGUCAGGCUAAGUCGGGUGGGGUUGAGGGGGAGGUUGGGUGGGGAGGGUUGGGGGUUAUUAAAAGUCAAAAUGUCACAACGCUAGGACCAGUAGUAUUUAUUGCUUUAGAGAUUGCUUGUUGUAUCUUGUACGUGUCUCUUUUUGACUUUUUUUUUUGGUUUUUUUUUCUUAAUACAUUGUACAAAUAUUUUUUUUUUUCUUAAGGUAAGCAACUAUAUGAAUGAUCCAUUUUUACAAGGUUUUAAAAAGGCUAAACCUUCCGUUGUCGAGUUUCUUUCAUUCGCCGGCGACCUGGAUUCCGCUCAGUGUACUUGUGUAGAUCUCAUGAACAAGAAGUAUGCACAACUUCAUUUCAAGAAACGCGUCUAUAAGCCAUUUUACACAACAAAAAAAAAAAAAGAAGAAGAAGAAGAAGAAAGUAAACUUGAAACAAGAGACAGUGGGUACCGUGUGUUCAGUAGUUGGCAAAGUGUCUAAAAGCCCUUCUUUUUUAUUGCACAGUCACAUCUCUCCGACUGUAGAUUCGUGUACAGAUUUUUUCCGUGCCAAAUUUUGUGAUAAUUUUCUGUCCCCCCUCCCCCCCUCCCUCGCCUCUAACCACGCUGUAGGGAUCUCUUUUCUGUUCCGUUGUCGUUUGUUUUUUCUUUUUUUUUUGUCGUUUCCUUUCAUUUCGAUACCAUUCUUUGCUGUGACGUUACAUAGAUUGCUAUGUAUGUAGUAUAAAUGUUGCUAUAACAAAUGUGUUUGGUAGCAAAUUGUCAAAUAUUAAAAUUUAAACUUAAUAAAAAGACGGACAUCAUACUGUAUAAACCCACAAGGGCCAAAUUAUGUAUAUUAGGAGGUUCAUAAAAAAACUAUUAAAUACAAAAAAAUACACAAACUGCCACUUUUAAGUACACUACUACAUAUAGGUAGAUAGAAAAAAUAGGCAUGUUGAUGUUGCAAGAGGCUGUAAAAAAAAGCUACAAGAGAAUCAUCCACUCGGUGCCAUUGUAGUUGACAUGACGCGACUGUAAUCUGUCGAUUUCUUCUCUGGUUUAUUAAGAUGCUAAUGAUAAAUAGUUUGAAUGUUUCCUUAACGGCUGUGAUGUUCCUGUUCUAUUUUAUGCUCUUAUCUUUUCGUUUGUUCGUUUUUUUCCUGUUAUUUUAAAUGGUUCUAAAAACCAUGUUUUUUUGUAAUGAAUAAAUGUUUAUGCUGUACAGUCUCUGUAGCAUGCAGUUCUGUAUUAAUAAAAGCAACUUAGUAUGUG